UCCAGGACUGCGGGCGGGCACUGGGCGCUCUGCUAGGAGAGUGGAGCUGGGUGCCGGGAACGCCGCCGCGUUCCCGUCCCGUCGUGCCCGCCCCGGCCGCCGCCGCGCAGCCUUCCGCCGUGAGUAGCGCUGGUCUGCGGGCUCGACGGGCGGGACAGCGCACACAGCCCGACGGCAGCGGCGCCAGGGGCUGGGGCUGACGGGCAGAGCCCCGGGACGCACUUUCGGGGAUCCUGACGCCGGCCCCGGGUUUGUAUGGUCCAGGCCUCCAUGAGGAGCUCAAACAUGGAGACAUUCAAGCAGCAGAAGGUGGAGGACUUUUAUGACAUCGGGGAGGAGCUGGGGAGUGGCCAGUUUGCCAUUGUGAAGAAGUGUCGGGAGAAGAGCACAGGACUGGAGUAUGCGGCCAAGUUCAUCAAGAAGCGACAGAGCCGGGCCAGCCGGCGGGGUGUGUGCCGGGAGGAGAUUGAGCGGGAGGUGAGCAUCCUGCGGCAGGUGCUGCACCCCAACAUCAUCACGCUGCACGACGUCUACGAGAACCGCACCGACGUGGUGCUCAUCCUCGAGCUAGUGUCUGGUGGAGAGCUGUUUGAUUUCCUGGCCCAGAAGGAGUCGCUGAGUGAGGAGGAAGCCACCAGCUUCAUUAAGCAGAUCCUGGAUGGGGUGAACUACCUUCACACAAAGAAAAUUGCUCACUUUGAUCUUAAGCCAGAAAACAUUAUGUUAUUAGACAAGAAUAUUCCCAUUCCACACAUCAAGCUGAUUGAUUUUGGCCUGGCUCAUGAAAUAGAAGAUGGAGUUGAAUUUAAGAACAUUUUUGGGACACCGGAAUUUGUUGCUCCAGAAAUCGUGAACUAUGAGCCCCUGGGGCUGGAGGCCGACAUGUGGAGCAUCGGUGUCAUCACCUACAUCCUCCUCAGUGGAGCAUCCCCCUUCCUGGGAGACACAAAGCAGGAAACACUGGCAAAUAUCACAGCAGUGAGUUAUGACUUCGAUGAGGAAUUCUUCAGCCAGACUAGCGAGUUGGCCAAGGACUUCAUUCGGAAGCUUCUGGUUAAAGAGACUCGGAAACGGCUCACCAUCCAAGAGGCUCUCAGGCAUCCUUGGAUCACGUCUGAAGGAGAAGUCAGAGCUCCUGAACAGCGGAAGACCCAACCCACCCAGCUGAAGACCAAGCGUCUGAGAGAGUACACUCUCAAAUGCCACUCAAGCAUGCCCCCCAACAACACUUAUGUCAACUUUGAGCGUUUCGCCCGUGUGGUAGAGGACAUGGCUCAGGUGGACCAGGGUUGUCGUGCCUUAGUAGGGGCCCGUGAUACUCUCCAGGAUGAUGUGGAAACCCUGGUGUCCAUCUUCAAUGAGAAGGAAGCUUGGUACCGAGAGGAGAACGAGAGCGCCCGGCACAAUCUGUCCCAGCUCAGGUACGAAUUUCGCAAGUUGGAGUCCUUGAAGAAGCUCCUGCGGGAAGACAUCCAGGCCACAGGGGCUAGCUUCGGAGGUGUGGCCAGGAAGUUGGACCAUCUGCACACACAGUUUGAGGCUUUGAGGCAGGAGCUCUCAGCAGACCUACAGUGGAUGCAGGAAGUGAUGAUCAGCUUCCAUUUGGAGAGUGGGGACACAGAUGGCCUGGGAGCCAUGUUCCACCAGGAUGCCAGUGAUUCCCUAUCGGAGCUGCUCAGCAGGUCGCACACAGAGGAAGUCCUGGCCAGCCUGAAGCUCUGAGCACUAGAACCCCAUCAAUACAGCACUUUCUCAUCCUCCUGCCUCUGCAUCCAGCUAGAAUCAUCCUGUAGAGUGCAUGUCUGUAGGGUGGCCUUCCAGCCCUCUCCAGAGAAUCCACAGUUGCUGAGGUGCUGGUUAAUUAUUCAUUCCACACCUCCCCUCACCAACCUGGAUUUCUGAGAGAGCGCUGGCAGGGCAGCCAAGCUGUUAAAACAAUUAGAAAACAAAUUCCCCUCACCAUACCCUUUUCCACAGGGAGUACAGCACUCCCUGGGGAGAUGCUUGAGACUGGAUUUGUGGUGAUGGGUUUGUUUGCCUCUCUCUUCCCACCUGCAUGCCUUAGGAUUACAGAUCUUGAGUGAUAUUUGAGUUAACUAAGGAUAACUAAGUCAGCAUGGUACUUUCCUGCUUCAGAAGCAAGAAUUUAAAAUGCACAGAGAAAAUAAUACUGCCUUUUACUUGAAUUGACUUCUCACUUAAGAAGUCCUUGUGUCUGUGACCUCACUUGAUCCUUAAACAACUCUUUGAGAUGGAAAAGUAGGCGAUGAUAUGAUUUCCAUGUAACUGAUGAGAAAACUGACUCAGAGAGGGAGGAUGACUUAGGAUCAUUCACAGCCAGCUGAUGCCAAUGAAACAGCAAUCCAGGUGCGCAUCUCCAAGAUGAGGCAUGUGGGAGGAAGUAGUGAGGCUUAUUGUAAAUAUCCACCUUAGUAUUAAAGUUCAGAUCCCAGAAGCCGAGUAAGCAACUUUGUGUAUCUUUCCAGGGAUGAGUGGAGUGUACACACCCGCACACGAUCGUUCUAGGAGCCAUGCCCCAGACGGUGCAGUCACUGUUCCUACCCAGCCCUGUCCCUGUCUGAGACCAACCUACAGAGCAGGAGGGAAGGGGAGCAUCUCCCCUCUCUUCCCUUUUCCCCCCAACUUCUGGCUAAGGGCCCCAACUGUGCAUGAAAAUGAGGACCUAAAAGUGCUCACCAAGCGGUUCCUUUUCCUAGGUAGUAGGCCAUUGGGCCUUGAAGGUCUAAGAGACUCCAUCAGUUUUUGAAGAGGGUGGACAAGAAGACUGGGAAGUACAAGGCUCAGUGGUCCCUUCAUGACCCAAAGCUUUGAGCAUCCCUCCUUGGGAAUUAUGUAAUCCCAUCCCCCUUUCCCCAAAGGAGGAAGAAGUCAACAUAACCAUAAAAUCGUAUCAGCAGUGCAGGGAGUAUGGACACAGCACUGCUAGAAGUUUGGGGUUGGGAGGGGUCCAAUUAUAGUUUCAAAGUGCCUUCAUGGCUUCACAAAACAUCCCUGUCAAGUAUUUGGAUUGAAUAUUAUUCCCAGUUUAGAGAUGAGGAAACAGAGAAGAUGUGAUUUAUUCCAGGUCAUAUCAUUAAUGACAAAAUAGGAACCUUCUGAUGACAAUCUGUGGCUCUUUCUGCUUCCUCUAACUGCCCCAGUUUCUAGGAGUUUACUGUCAGCUUGUGGAGGCAGAUGAUAUCCAGAUUCAUCUGUUCAUUCACCAGUAAUUUUCAGGCACCUACCAACUUCCAGACACUUGGCUUGACUGGUGAUACGCUGCUGAGUCAAAAACAGGGCCCAUCUCUUGCCUCACGGAGUUCUCAGUCCACUGAAGGAUUCCAACAUUAACCAAGAAUCAUUCAACAGUAGAACUGUGACUGGGACAUACACUAAGAAAGGGAUGCGUUCCUCAGUGCCAGAGCCUGCAGUGGGGCGUUUGAUCUGGUCAGAGGAGGUGUUAGUCCCUAUGGCAGGGAUGCUGGAGCUGAGACCAGCUAAGCAAACAAGGGAGAGAGGUGUUCCCAACAGGGCCAUCAUGCCAGGGCUCUGUAAUGAGAGGGGCAUGAAAGACUGGAAGUGGAAGGACAGUAAGAAAACUGGAGGAAUGUGGUGUACGUAGACAUGGCUGGGAGGAGGCAGGACAAGGACCCUUGGUCACAUUAAAGAACUUGCCAGGCAUGGUGGCACAUGUCCGUAAUCUCAGUGUCUUGGGAGGCUGAGACAGGAGCAUCGCAAGUUCAAAACGCCAGCAUCAGUAAUUUAGUGAGGCCCUAAGCAAAUUAA